CGGCGCGGGUCCGAGCGGACGGCGAGUCUGGGGCGGUCGGGUAGGGCCUCCGCGGUGCCGUAGGGCGAUGGGCUGCCGGGCCGCUCCCCUGGCCAGGGGUGCGAGCUGUAUGGGAUAAGAUCUUUCCAGAGUAAUAAGCAUGGUUCGGCAACGAACAUGUGUAUUAUGUCACAUUGUGUACAACUCAAAAAAGGAGAUGGAAGAACACAUGAGAAGCAUGCUUCACCACAGAGAACUUGAAAACUUGAAGGGAAGGGAAAGCAACCAUGAAUGCCGGGUGUGCAGGGUGACAUUGGUGGGUUUGUCAUCAUAUGCCAAGCACAUCUCCAGCCAGUUGCACAAAGACAAUGUUAAUGCCCAUGACAGAAAAGAGGAAGAGAAAGAAGAGGCAGAAGAAGAAUACCUUGACAAAGAACUCAUUCAACUAAUCAAGCAAAAGAAGGAACGGCAAGCUGAACAAAGCUGUGCAAACCAAGAAUUAGAAUGUGAUGACAGAAGAUCACAGAGAAGGAGAGAAGAAAGAGCUACUUACAAAGAAAGAGAAGCUUAUGAUCAGUCAUCGUGGCAUCAUCAUAAUGCAUCGCAAAGGGACUGGAAGUGGGAAAAGGAUGAUUAUAUCAGUCCUAGACAAGGCAAAUUUUCACACUCUCAGAGGAACCUCAAUAUAAACAGACAUUCAGGUGGCCCAAGGGGGCGCUCUGGGUGGCACCAGAAUGUUUCAGGAAGCUCUUCAAAUUGGCAUAACUAUGGGAAUUCUGGAAGUGUUCGGCAUCCAGGUGGGCGAGGAGGAGGAACAUCAAAUUGGCAUCACAGUGCCAGAGAAAGAAGUUCUACUUGGCACUCGGAAGAAACAGGUCAUUUUUCUAGCUGGAAUUCCAAGAGUUAUGGAGGAAACUGGAAACCGAGUCCUCAUGGUGCAAAUGGCUGGAAUUUUGGAAGCUCAGGUGAGUCCUAUUCAUCAGAGCCAAUUAAAUACAAUAAGGAAAGGUAUACAUGGCAGCGACCAGAGAAAGAGGAUGUUCUGCUAUACAGGAAUCGAAGAAAUAGGAGUGACUUGCUCGAUUUUACUAGCGAUAAGCUUCCUUCUGAGGGGGCGUUGGAUUUUGGUAUGUCAAAGCAACCAGAAAGCAAAACUCCAAGAGCCAGUGGAAAAAGCGUCAGUCCUUCCAGAGAUAAAACAUAUCGCUGGACUCCCUACCCAUCACAGAAAGCUGCAGAGCAGCAACCAUGGUCUGAAGAUAAUGUUUCUAAAACUCCGGAUAAAAUGGAUUCUGUACUUAUGGCUUCUACUGAUUCAUCAAUGAAAGGAAAAACUUGUGAAGUCAGUGUUAGCCUUUCAAAACUUAAAAAACAGGAAACAUCUUCCUCUUCUAAUGUAACCUCAGAUCACCUUGAUUCUUGCCAGGAAAUUAAAGACUGUUCCAGUGGUGAAAAGCCUAACAAAGAUGAUAGCGGAAGUAAUAAGAUGCCAUCACUGAAAUCCCCUCUUCUGAAUAUCACAGAUACAAAGUUAUCCUUGACAAAGCAAGACACAAACAGUCUCUUAAAAAAUGUCAAGCUUCUUUUAUCCUCAACUGGUAGUGAAGAGCAGAAUCAUUUGAAUGCAGUGAACUUGGAAACAAACGGUUUCUCCUCUUAUUCAUCAAAGCUGCGUGGUGCUUGUGCUGGUAACUUACAUGACAACAAAGAUGUGCUUGGUAGCAAUCUUGGAGAGCCUGUUAAUAACUUAAGUGAAGCAGAACAAAAAUCUGAAGAUGUUCAGUCCAACCAUUCCUUGCAAAAUGCUCCCUUAAGCUCUUGCAAGGAUACAAGUGACCAGAAUAGGGAAGAAACUGGGAAAGCAUUGCCAAAGAAGGAGUUCAGACUAGAUUCAUUAGAAGAUGUGAGCGGUGAUGAUUUAAUGGGAAGUGAGAAGUCAGAAGCAAGUGUUGACAAGUUGGGUUCUUCUGUUAGGUCUUGUUUACCCUGUGACACUCCUGAAGGUAGACUUGCCACCUCUGAAAAGAAAGAUGAUGAAAAGCUAGCUGCUUCAAGUAUUACUUCUGCUGAACUAAAAAAUUUUACAUUUCGGAUAGAAUCCACGGUUUCUCCAUCAAGCAGUCAGGAUGGUUUGCAUGUGGAUUUGAAAACCUCGCAGGAUGGAGAAGGGAAUGAAGAGUAUGUCAAGUCACAUGAUCAAUUUGAAAUGGAAGGUUUUGAAAAUCCUUCAGAUAAUGAACUUCAAAAAGGAGGAAGCCAGUCAGGAGGCCUUCUUCCUGAUUUAAGCAAAUUUGGCCUCCCUGCUUCUCUGCAACGAGAUCUGACACGGCAUAUUAGUCUGAAGAGCAAAGUUGGGACACAUCUCCCAGAGCCCAAUCUCAAUAAUGCACGGCGCAUUCGGAAUGUGAGUGGCCAUCGGAGAAGUGAGGCAGAGAAGGAGUCGGGGCUUAAACCCACCCUCAGGCAGAUUCUUAGUGCUUCCCGGCGAAAUGUAAACUGGGAUCAGGUCAUCCAGCAGGUAACCAAGAAGAAACAGGAACUUGGCAAAGGUUUACCAAGGUUUGGCAUAGAAAUGGUGCCUCUUGUUCAAAAUGAGCAAGAGGGUCUAGAACUCAGUGAAGAUUCUGAUCUGUCUACUCUGGAAGGAUUCCAGUGGGAAGGGAUUUCCUUAGCAGUGUCUGGCUCAGCCAGAAAACGUAGCUUUUCUGAAAGCAGUGUCAUAGCAGACAGAAAUCCUUCUGCUUACAGCUUUUUCAGUGAACAAGCCAAAAUAAAAGAAAGUGGGCAAAGGCAAAUAAUUGCAGCCAGCCACUCACAUCACAUAACAUCUGGAUAUGAGGCAAGCACUGACAUUGAGGCUGACCAGAAACAGGAGACAGAAGCAUCAUCUCUUACUUUGUCACCUUUUAUGUCUGAAAGAACUGAGACUACUGGAAGAAGUCACAGCCUAGAGGCUGCCUCUGAGAUCACAGGCCUCACAAAACAAGACCAGGAGAGCCCAGAGAAGAGAACAACUCUUCUUGAAAAACAAAAUGUACUGGAGAUCUCAGAAGAGAAUCGUCCAGCUUCAAAUAGUACUUCACUUCUUGCAGUGUCUAAUAACAUAGAUGCAGCUACAGAUAGUAGCUGCACAUCUGGAACUGAACAGAAUGACAGCCAAGGACUUGGAAAGAAGCGGAGAGCAACUGGAGAGGGAUCAUCUCCUGAAAUCCCUAGUCUAGAAAGAAAGAAUAAGAGAAGAAAAAUCAAAGGUAAAAGAGAACGUUCUCAGGUAGACCAGUUGUUGGCUAUUUCGCUGAGAGAAGAAGAAUUAAGCAAGUCCCUGCAGAGUGUGGACACCAGUCUCUUGCAGGCUAGGGCUGCCCUGCAGGCUGCAUAUGUCGAGGUUCAACGGUUCCUUGUAUUAAAGCAACAGAUAACAAUGGAAAUGAGCACGCUGAGAAGUCAGAGAAUCGAGAUCUUACAGGGGCUACAAGAAACCUAUGAACCUUCUGAACUCCCAGAGCAACUUCCCUGCAGUGUCUUAAGUGAGAGAAGAAACAGCAAAUCUCAGAUGGCAGCUGACUUAAUUCCUGCAGGCCCUCUCCAGCCCCUUUUGGACCCUUUGUAUUCUUCUGUACCUCCACUAGGAUCUUCUGUUCAUGUAAACAUGCCAUCACCAUUCCAGUCUUCUGGCAGCACACCUGCCGAUGCUCCUGACUCCUCAGUACAAGUUAAACAAGAACCUUUGUCUCCAAAAGGCACAAAGGAAAAUGUGAAUUCUGUACUCCAGAGUUCUCCAUGUGCUUCACGAGCAGAAGAAGUAGAGCAGAAGGAUGAAGAGACCAACCCGAAAACUUCAGUGUAUCCAGUUAUCUCUGCAACCAUGUCCCUAUCAGAGCUGAUAUCUUGUUUCCAACACACUAAUCAAGAUGUCCACAAGCCUGCUGCAGACAGAGUAAAGUCUGGACUCCCUGAGAACCCUUCUCCUCAAGCACUGUCUGUUUUCAGCAAGAGUGAGACAAAUGAUACAGUAGCUGAAGAAUUUUUAUUGCAUCAGUGUAACACUUCUCUUUCAAAGCAUUCGGUCCUCCUAGGAAUGCCAAUGGAUAAAACCCCCAAAUUGUCAGCAGAACCAUCCGAGCAACACUUGGCAGCCACUGUAGUCCCAGCAGAAAAAGGGAACAGGAGGAGGAGAAGGUUAAGGAAGAAGAAAACUCUGAGGGCAGCCCAUGUGCCAGAGAACAGCGAUACAGAGCAGGAUAUGAUUGACUCCAAGCCUGUCCGGAAAGUCAAGGGUGGAAAGGUUCCUAAAGGAGAAAAAGUUACUACAUCUACUUCUCCAAGAGAGGAGGAUGGAGCUACUGCUCAAAGAGCAAGAAAGAAAGAUAAGAAUGACAGUGAUGCUUCUCUGGAACUAGUGGAAGUUUCAGCACCUCAGUGUGAGGUGGUUGAUGUUGGUUCAUCAGAGUCAGGAGAUGAGAAACCAGACAGUCCAUCAAAGAGGGAUUCACACAGCUCUGUGGAUCAAGCACUCCUAGAGGCAUCUUGCUCUGGUUAUGAUGAAGUGAGCUCCACCAGUGAAAUUGGCACAAAUUAUAGGAAUGAUGGGAAAAGAAGUGUGGCUGAGACGCAGGCUUCCAUAUCAUCACUGAGAGGAUCAAAGAACUCCUCAGAAGUGUCUUCGGAGCCAGGUGAGGACGAAGAACCUACAGAGGGAACCUUUGAGGGACACUUGGCUGCAGUGAAUGCUAUUCAGAUUUUUGGGAAUUUGUUGUAUACCUGCUCAGCAGACAAAACUGUUUGUGCCUACAAUCUCGUUAGCAGGAAGUGUGUGGCCAUCUUUGAAGGACAUACUUCAAAAGUGAACUGCCUUCUGGUUACUCAGACAAAUGGGAAGAAUGCUGCACUCUACACUGGCUCAAGCGACCACACUAUCAACUGUUACAAUAUCAAGACCAAAGAGUGUAUGGAACAAUUUAAAUUGGAAGAUCGAGUGCUCUGUUUACACAGUAGAUGGCGGAUCCUUUAUGCGGGCCUUGCAAAUGGUACUGUGGUUACUUUCAGCAUAAAGAAUAAUAAACAGGUUGAUACCUUUGAAUGCCAUGGCCCUAGAGCAGUGAGCUGUCUAGCCACAGCUCAGGAAGGAGCACGCAAGUUGUUGGUAGUGGGUUCCUAUGACUGCACCAUCAGCGUGCGAGAUGCACGGAAUGGACUGCUUCUCAGAACCCUGGAAGGUCACAGCAAGACUAUACUCUGCAUGAAGGUUGUGAAUGAUCUGGUAUUCAGUGGCUCCAGUGAUCAGUCUGUCCAUGCCCACAACAUUCAUACUGGAGAGCUCGUACGAAUCUAUAAGGGCCAUAACCAUGCAGUGACGGUUGUGAACAUUCUUGGGAAAGUGAUGGUGACAGCAUGUCUGGAUAAAUUUGUUCGUGUUUAUGAACUACAGUCGCACGACCGCUUGCAAGUCUAUGGAGGCCACACAGAUAUGAUCAUGUGUAUGACCAUCCAUAAGAGCAUGGUAACUUCCUUCUUUUUACUGGUCUUAAAGAGAAGGUUGUAAGUGCCACAGGCAUAUACAAGAGAGUUUAAUUUUUUCGGAUAAAGAAAUCAACCUAUUAUUUGACUAAGAACAACUUGGAAAUGCAGCCAAAAAAGUCAAGUUGCUAUAACAGCUUUAUAUUUAUGUAAUAUUAUUGUCUGGAGAAAAAUUACCUUCUAGCUUACUGUAGUCUUAAAACAAUAGCUCUUUUUACAGUAAUGACUACAAUGAAGUGUCCAGAAAUAGUAAAAUACUUCCUCUUUUUGAAGUGUCAAUCCUGUUUGACUGUUACUCAAGGGAAUCACACAGAUGCUAGAGUCAAACCUCUAGUAACCUUUGAUAGAACGUAAACAAAGAUACGCAGUUGAUUUAGGUGCACAGGUUUCUUCAUGCAUCUGCCCUGCAAGAUAAGUUUCAGAAGCACUUCUGGAUACACAUUUCUUAAAAUAGUCAUUAAAGCACUUAUUUGUCUGAAUAUGUAGGAAUUUGCUUGCAAAGUUUCUUUGCGAUUAUAAAAUAAAAGGUAAAUUAGUGAUCUCUAAUAACAGAAAAAGUCCAGCAGAACUGAUUUCCUACUAACUGGAAUAUAUACUACCCAAGCAUCACAUCUCACGUGACUAGAAUCUGAGGCUUGAACUGUCCCCCACCAGUAGUCUGUUGUGGGCAUUCUCAAAUCAAAGAAGUGUUCAGGUAAGAAGCUUAGUGACAAGCAAAAGAUUAUAAUUUUCUGUAGUAGUCUUAGUAGUAAAGUGUAGUCUCUUAGACACAACAGAUUGGCUGUUGCAUCCUAGUGGCAGAUUUCCAAGAACUGAAAUGAAUAAAAAUAACAAAUGGAUUCUUUAGCUUGCAGAGUUUUCUGUAUUAUGCAAGGAGUUUUUUUUAACAAUGAAUCAUUGUUACGGGAUUAUAAAUGCCUAGCAUCCUGUUCUUUCAAAAGGAUAGUUUCGUGUGGAGCAUCUGCCAAACAAAAAUGGUAUUUAAGAUGUCAUUUUGCCUUCCUUUUCAGAAUCUGCAUCAGUCUUUUUGAAUUUCUGAUGUUCUUCAACCUUCCUCUCCAUCCUUUUUUGAUAUACAUAUAACUGGUUAAGCCCUGGAAAUAUAUUCAGCUUGACAUUUACACCUGCUUUUUUUAAUUUUACUGAAUAGUAACAUAAAACAUAUUUUAAAGUUUUCUGAACUGUUAUACACAUGACACUAUCAACAAUAGAGGUUAUGGAAACAUUUCUUAUUCACUAGUAGGUUUUUGUAAACUAUGAAUGCAAAUCUUAAAAGAAUUAGGCUAUUAUCAUUUUUUAAAUAAAGAAGCCUUACCUGUUGAUAUUUAUUGUUUUUCGCCUAAUACCCUCUACACUGAAGCCUCCUUCAAAGUUUUACUUCAUUUUUUUUCUUCUAUUCCCAGCUUGCUUAUCCACAAAUGUUU